AUGGCUUUCAAAAACAAACCAGAAUAUAAAAUAGUAGUCGAUACGCACAAUUUAAUGAAGUUGGCGGGUUUUGACUUUCCACGUGUUACUGAAGCAGAUGCAAUGUUCAUUGCCGAAAGUGCCCCAGAAUGGGCAGAUGGAGAAGAAUGUUUCAGGUGCCGAACAGCUUUCGGAAUUAUUACGCGAAAACAUCAUUGUCGUGCUUGUGGGCAAAUUUUUUGCGAUAAAUGCAGUAGCAAGCAAAGCUUCUUACCUCAGUAUGGCAUAGAAAAGCAGGUACGAGUUUGCGAUGGAUGUUAUGACAAAGUAACAAGAAAAGUUGAUGUAGUUGGCUCAUCUAGUUCGGUAUUAUCAUCGUUUAGAAAUAACAAAUCUUUUGCUGUUGAUGCACAAAAGAUAGCUGAGCAACAAGCUCGUGAAUUGAAACAAACAGAAGAAGAGCAAAUGAAUUUAGCUAUUGCACUGAGUCAGUCAGAAGCUGAAGCACAGGAGCGUGACAGGCAGCGUCGUCUGUAUGACUUGUACAAUGGUGCAGACAUUCUAAAAUGUAUUAAAACUGAUGGUCCCUUCAAUGAAGAACCUAGUAAAUCAGCAUGCAAAGGAGGUGAUCCAUCCUUGAGUAUGUCUUCUGUCGAUCCGGAAUUGGCGAGGUAUUUAAACAGAGAUUACUGGCAAAACAGAAAAAAUGAGCAGCAUACGGCAUCAUCUGUAAUUGUUGAUCACCAAAAAAUGCCAACACCGACGGCGCCACCACCAAGUGAAUCAUCGCGUUGUGCGCUGUAUCAAGAUCGAGAUGGAGCUUCUUCUAUAAUUUCACCUUCUUUUACUACUACCGCAAAACAUCCCGAUUGCGAUGCAACUCCAGCAUCUCAGUUUAUCACGGCCGAAGAAGAAGAAACAGCAGAAACUAUGGAAUUUUGCAGACAGUUAGCAGAGCAGGUUACUGUAAUGGAUAAUCGAAUUCGAUCAAAUCUCGCUAGAAAUCGUUCUGUUGUCAACGAUACAGCAAUACAGUCACUUUUCAUCCGGCUAACUGAGAUGCAUGCUCAAGUAAUGACACGCAUAAAUAAGCUAGAGGAUCAGAGAAACCAUUUUGAAUCUCUUCAAGACAAUUUAGCUCAUAUCCAGGAAGCUAGACAAGCUAUGGAUUCUUUAAGAGAGGAUCAUGAACGGCGAAGACAAGCAAAAAUUAUGGAAGAACAACGCUUGAAGCAAAUUCAAAUGCAGCAGAAGGUGGAUUUAAUGAGACAAAAAAAGCAUGAAAUGAUAUUGCAUCAACGCGAAAUGGCGUUGUUACGCUUUCAGCAACAAGAACAUGAACUGCAAUUGAAGCGCAUGCAGUCGAUGAGGCAGAAUAGCCAGAUUAAUCUUCCUGUACAGCCCUCAAACGUAUCUUAUAACCAGAUAGAGGCGGAACCUGGCCAACAUUACGUCAUAGAUAUGUUUUUUUCCAUUGAACUUAAGUUUCAUGGAUUUAUUGUUGAGAAACGAAAUCAAACUGUAAUGAAAAGUUAUCCGUCUAAUGUGUAUGUAGAUCAGGGUCAUGCAGCUUUCAGUAUACCAGUUAGCACUGUAACGCAGGAUUAUACAAAUGAAACGCAAACGCUGCGCGAAGCUAUGGUAGUAAAAGAUGAUCUAAAUAUGACAAGUUACGCACAUAUGUCAUCUUAUGGUGAUCAGGUGGUAUUGAAUAGUAAUUUGCACCAGCAGGAAUUUCUUAAACAAGAUGCGCUGCCAACAAAUUACCAGUUAAGCGUUUCACAGUCUUCUUUACAGCCACCCGGAACUCAUAAUGUUUCUCCUAUACAAUCAACCGUUCCUUUGGCUUACUCCGUACAUCUGUCGCCAGUGAAUCAUCAUUCUUUCAAUCAUUCCGUAGGACAACAACAGGUUCCAUUCACAUCAAACGUUGAUCUACCAAAAGUUCCCGAUCAGCAUGUCUCGACUUUUAUUCAGACAAAUGUGCCACCAGUUCUACCACUACCUACGGCACAGCACAUCACGCAGUUAAUGCCAGCGUAUCCGUCAUACCUCUCUUCGAACCUCACAUAUUCCUUUAAAUUAUGA